CAGUGUGUCUGCCUGGACGAUUUGUCACAAGGAACAAUGCUGCCGCGAUGGGAACUGUCUUUUUACCUGUUUGCUUCACUAGGCUUCCACUUAUAUUCUUUCUAUGAAGUUUACAAAGCUUCCAGAGAACAUGAAGAGGAGCUGGAUCGACAGUUUGCCCUGGAGAUUGGCACUUUAUUUGGAGGAUUAAAGAAGGACCCGACCGACUUUGAGUGGAGCUUCUGGAUGGAAUGGGGCAAACAGCGGCUGGUGCAGUUUCUGUUUGGCCACAUGGCUGUGUCUCAGCUGGCCAACAUGCUUGCAAGGAAGCACAGACCCUGGAUCCUGGGGGCUUAUGGAAUAUGGGCCUCCUGGUGUGUGCUGGGGGCCCACGGCACGGCCAUUAUUUUUCUCCACACCCUCAUCUCCUUCUGUGUAGCGCAGUUCCAGUCGCUGGUCCUCACAUGGCUCUGUUCUCUCCUCCUGCUCUCCACACUGAGGCUGCAAGAUGUGGAGGAAGUUAAGAGAGGCUGGUACCAGACAGAAAAUGAGUACUACUUGCUGAAGUUCACGCUGACUGUGCGCUGCCUCUACUACACCAGCUUCAGUCUGGAGUUCUGCUGGCAGGAGAUGCCCACCGGGAGCAGCUUCUACUCCUUUCACUGGCUGGUGGCCUAUGUCUUCUAUUACCCCGUCUUCCACAACGGGCCCAUCCUCAGCUUCCCGGAGUUCAUCGCAAAGAUGCAGCGGCAAGAGGACUGCUCGCUGAAGUCCAACCUUUUGACCUUUGCCGUGGGGCUGGGUCGCCUCCUCUGCUAUUGGUGGUUGGCCGAGCUGAUGGUUCACCUCAUGUACAUGCACGCCCUCUACGGCAGUGCCUCCCUCCUGAGGGCUGUCUCUUGUUGGACCUUAGGAGGACUGGCGUUGGCCCACGUGCUCUUCUUCUAUCUGAAGUACUUGGUGCUCUUUGGUGUCCCAGCUCUGCUCAUGCGCCUGGAUGGACUCACGCCGCCGCCCCUACCUCGCUGUGUGAGCACCAUGUUCAGUUUCACCGGCAUGUGGAGGUAUUUUGAUGUUGGACUGCAUGAUUUCUUAAUCAGGUAUGUGUACAUUCCAGUAGGCGGGUCCCAGCAUGGCCUGCUGGGGACACUGUUUUCCACUGCAGUGACGUUUGCGUUUGUGAGCUUCUGGCAUGGCGGCUAUGACUACCUCUGGUGCUGGGCGGCCCUCAACUGGCUGGGAGUCACCGUGGAGAACGCAGUCCAGAGGCUUGUGCAGACCCCGUGCAUCCAGGACAGCGUGGUCCAGUUCCUCUCCCCGCAAGCCCGCCGCCGAUUCCACGCCGCCCUGGCAUCCUGUUCCACCUCCAUGCUGAUCCUGUCCAACCUAGUGUUUCUCGGGGGCAGUCAAGUGGGGAAGAUCUACUGGAACAGGAUCUUCAUACAAGGCUGGCCGUACGUGACCCUCUCUGCCCUGGGAUUCCUCUAUUGCUACUCCCACGUGGGCAUUGCCUGGGCCCAGACAUACUCAGUGGACUAA